AUGGCCAACGUGGUGGUCGUGUCCGUGCUCGUGUUCGUGGCCGUGGCCUUCUUGUGGGCGCGCCAUCGCGACAGCGAGAGAUGCGUGUUCAAUUCAUUCAUCCACAUACAUCUGGAACCAAGAAAGAUGUCCGUCAAGACCAUAGCCCUCCUUGCGGUCCUGGGCGCUUGCCUGGCUGAAGAGCAUCACGCAUACUCUUCCCAAAGCAUCGUGCGCCACGAUAUCCACCACGAGCCUCAGACCAAAGAAGAACACGUGAUCACUAAAGUGGUUCCAGUCACUCACUACGUGGUACAGAGCCACCAUGAUGAUCACCACGAAGAACCCCAUAUUGUUGAAUACAAACAUGAAGAACCCCAAAUUGUAGAAUACAAACAUGAACAGCCUCAGAUUGUGGAGUACAAGCAUGAAGAACAUAAGCACGAUGAGCACAAGCCAGCCUUCUCUUCGUACCACAUCGAGCGCCAUGAUGUGCCCGCGGAACCCCCUAAGGACUUUCACAAGUAUGACUCUCCCUCCAAGUAUGAGUUCGCGUACCAGGUCCACGACCCCCACACCGGCGACUACAAGGAACAGCACGAGACCAGCGAUGGGCACGAGGUUAAGGGCGUCUACAGCCUGCACGAACACGACGGCUCCGUCCGCACUGUGACGUACCACGCCGACAAGAAGGCUGGAUUCAACGCUGAAGUGAAGCACACCACCAACCACCACACUGAAGAACACAAACAUCAAUAA